GUGUUCCUGAUGGAAGUGCUUUUGUUUCUUUGUGCUUGACAGCCUCGGCCCAAGUGUUUGCGUUGCAUCCCUUCGGAAUGUUGAAAGGGGACGUGAAAUGCGAAAACGGCUCCCGCUUUUGGCGCGGUACAUGUUGCCGCCACUGAAAAUUUGUCGUAAAAUAUUAACUAUAUGCGAGGGUUUUGUGCGAAUAAGACGAUCGGAAUGGUGAAAUAGUUAAACUGAAUCUGUGGGGGUUUUAAUCUUAGUACAGCUUUUCAGUGAUAUGCCUGAGAAACGCUGUAAGUUUUGUUGCUGAUGUCUAAUAUGCAGUUAUAUAUUGACAGUUACAAGGAGGAGUAGGGAGCAGAGCUUUAAAACGUUUUGCAUCCGUCAAGUUUGUAAUACUAAAAAUCCAAUCCUUCUUGCUUUGUUAGCUACCCCCUCUGGACGGUGGGCUACUUAAAAAUAGAUUCUGAAGCAUCUCUAAAAAUGCGGUACCAAAAAUUACAGUGUGUAAUAGUAUUGAAGACACGGUGAAAUCUGAAUCUUCAUCUGGUAAUUUUGAAUAAACCUUAAAUAUUGAAUGUUUUUGCAAGAACUUGCUUUAUAGUCUUGUGUGGUUAAUACUGUAGUUUCUUUCCAAGUCUGUUGAAGAGCCAGUUGUUUAAAUUGCUAUAAUACGAAAUCUGUAGUGAGUGAAAGAAAAAGUUUGUUCUUGAGUCCUUCAAAAUACAUUGCAUCAACUUAGAUGUAAUUGAAUUGUCAUUUAUUUAAAGAGCUGGAACUGCAGUAUUUUUAUAGCCUAUUGAAUAGUGAGCCCCCGGAAAACUCAUAUUGAAAUUGAUUUUUUUUUUCCUCUCUUCUGUGCAUGUUAAUCAAGUCUAUAUAUAUACACAGACACACAAAGAGAUGUCCCUGUACUUACUUGAGUUUCUGAAGCAUUGGUAACUUAAGAUGAGCCAGUUUCUGCUUCAUUUUUUGCACACUUUUGCUUUUGAAUGAGAAAUUAAUAUUUUUCUUUGUUAAAUAGAUUGAAAUAGGAUAUAUGCUCAAAAAUCAUUAUCAGUGCUCCAGUUGUAACAUAGGGUACAACCUCAUUUUCAAUACACGUAGAAUUUUAAUAUUGAAACGGCUGAUUGUUCUGCACUUGACUAUUCUUCUAUGAUCCAGUUCCAAGUGCACAUAUAAAUGUCGGGGGUUUACUAAUAUGCAAUAGCCAAGGAUAAGGAAUGACAGGCAACCUGAAGCCUCAUCAUAAUCAGCAAUUCCUUAGAAUAUUCUAAGUUUAAGAAACAGAUACAAAGAAGUAGGCAAGCUCAGGAAACAGUGAGGUUAUUUAUCUGUUGUGCUAUCCAGUGCCAGGGACAGUUUUAAACACAUCUGAUAAGACUCAGUACCGUGAGCUGGUAGUGUAUUAACAGUAGCAGACCAUCAGACAGGACAGUGAUUUUUCCUGUUAAAUAAAACAGCUACCUUUCUUCCCUCACUGGCUCAUGGUUACUUGUGGGGAAGGGGGUCUUUUUCCCCUCCAACCCCCUGAUUGAGUUACAAAUUAGGGACCUUGAUGGAAAAAAAAUCAAAGUAUUUAAUUACAGAAGAGCAUUUACUCUUGUGAAUUAAUACUGUAAUUCUGCUGACUUUUCAAGGGGGAAAUGAUGAAUUUGUGAUAGCUAUUUUAAAACAAUAUGUUUUGGAGUUGCAAUGUUCCCAGAUUUCUGUCAUUUGAAAUAGGACUCCUCUAAUAGCCUUUGGCUGGUGUUUGUGGAAUUCACCAGUGUGUAUGCACGUGUGUUUUUAAAAAGCUGAUUUUACUUACAGAGGAAGCUUAAGACUGUAGGUAACUUCAUCAGUAUAUAGGAGAUGACUUCCUAAAUAUGUAUGCUUCUGGUUUUGGUUUGGGUGGGUUAUUUGUUGAGGGUUUUUGUAAUUGUUGCUGGUUUUUUUGUUUUGUUUUUUUUUUUCUCCAAAGGAAUAAAGGUGGAAAAAUUGUGCUGGGUCUGAUCAUUUACUGGGUCUCAUAAUUUAACAAGCACAGUUGACUGAACUAGCAAGAAAUGGUUUCAUCCAUCUUGGCCUAGUAAAAGCUUAACAUUGUUCUUAAGGAGAACCUGAAGUCAUUUUGGGAGAUAGGUCUGUUAGGAAGUCCACCACUUCAAAUUCUUAAAGCGUCAAAAAAGUGGAUGUGACUUCUCCUAGUAAGCAUCCUGAGAGACUUUCAAGGGGACAAAGAGAACAGUUCCAUGCUGACUGAGCCUCAGUUUGGAUGGGGAUGGUCCUGUCAGUGACAUUGUCCUUCUUUCUGUUGCAUCUUUAAAGUUUCAAAAUCAGGAUGUGGUAGAAUCUAAGGGGGUUUGGGAAGGGAUACCUGCAGGUCGCUGCAGAUAGCGUAACUCCUCAUACUACAGGAAGAAGAGAAAAUUAAUUGCUAAGUAUAGAACACAGCCCUUACACAGGUGACUUCAAAGGAAGAGUCAUCAUCCAAGAAGGGGCGUGUGUGUAACCACAAGUGUUUGUCAGACCGUUCAGUAGAAUUUUCAAGACUGACUUACUUAAUAAGUAGCAACGUCGUGAAACGUAGAGGUUACCUGAUGUCAGUGUGUGAACUAGUUCCUUUCAAGAGCUUUGCAGCAGUUGGAAAGUUGCCUUAUCACAAUCCUGUAAUUAUGCCUUCCUUGUAUUCUUCUAGGUAUAAUUAUAUGUCUUGAAUAUAUGUAUACAUUUUUAUUUCCAAAGAAAUCUCCCAGAAUUGUCUGAACCUUUUUCUGCCAUCUCCACAUAGCAUUUGUUUUUAUGUUCUACCUCUAGUAGUGGAUUAUGAGAGAGAGUAGAUAAAAGGCUUCAGGUGAUAUCUAUUGAAGUAACAGAAAGGCAGCUCUCAAGAUGGACUGAAUACCACACCCAGAGCAUCAAGCUUGUUGCAGCUGUCUCUUUGAUCAUAGAAAACAUAGUAUCUUGUCUCAGUGGAUUAGUAGAGCCACAAUUCUAACGCGAUUGCCACUCCUGCUUUCAGAUUGAUGUGUAAAAAAAGAAAAGCUGCUAGAAUUAUGAGGAGAGAAAAGGUGUGGAUAGGCUUGUUAAUUUUUGCAUUUUUCUUUUGGAGCUCAUUCUAAAAAUAGCUGUACAGAAUGUUAUACGGAGCUCAGCUAUAAAGAAGAUAACAUAUUUGAGUAACGCUUCAUGCACUGAAGUAAUCUGGACACUCUGAUAUUAUUAAUGAUAAAUGGUCAUUUGAUGAAGGACUGUAGCACAGAACACAAUAAUGCUUCAUGUUCUUUCAGAGACUUAUCACUCCUUGACUUUACUCAACUCUUACAUGUCUGCUUUGCACUCUAUGUAUAUGCUGAAAUGAUUCUUUCCUUGAACAAAUUGAAAUCAAAGAGGUGAUGUUCUUAGGUCUGCUUCAAAUCAUUCCUAUAUAUAAUGUUUUGCAGCAGCUGGAAACUGUAGUUCAAGAUGUUUGAGAAUCAUUCAGAAAGCUACAGAUCAGAAGGAAGAGGUGAUUCUGUGGCUCAUCUGGCUUUUUACAGAGGAUUCACUGAAGGUGGUUCUCUUAGGUCAAGAUCUUCCUGUUUAGGUUGUGAGAAUGCAAGAGUGAUGGUCUCCCUUCCCUUUCUGAGUUUGCAGAUUCCUACUUCCCUGCUGUAGGAAUUUUUUAGUUUGCAGAGAAGCUGAAACGCUGUAAUGUACCACUGAGCAGGACAAGCCAGGAAUGAGCCAGUCUUGGGAAGGAGGACCUGCCAUCCUAGCUGGAGACGUCUGAAGAGAGGACAUUUCAGUCUUGUGGCAUGCUUCAGUAGAAAUUAUUCAGAAAAAGAUGGCUGGCUGUGGUGAAGUAGAUCAUUCGAUCAACAUGCUUCCCACAAAUAGGAAGACAAAUGAGUCAUGUACCAAUGCAGCACCUUCCCUGCAAGUCCCUGAAUGUGCUAUCUGUCUGCAAACGUGUGUCCAUCCUGUAAGUCUGCCCUGUAAACAUGUUUUCUGCUAUCUGUGUGUUAAGGGAGCUUCUUGGCUUGGGAAACGAUGUGCACUCUGCCGGCAGGAGAUUCCCGAGGAUUUUCUUGACAAGCCAACCUUACUGUCACCCGAAGAACUCAAAGCAGCAAGCAGAGGCAAUGGAGAAUAUGCUUGGUACUAUGAAGGUAGAAAUGGCUGGUGGCAGUAUGAUGAACGUACCAGCAGAGAGCUGGAAGAUGCCUUUUCCAAGGGUAAAAAGAGCACUGAAAUGCUAAUUGCUGGUUUUUUAUACGUAGCAGACCUUGAAAAUAUGGUUCAGUAUAGGAGAAAUGAGCAUGGACGUCGCAGAAAAAUAAAACGAGACAUAAUAGAUAUACCAAAGAAGGGAGUGGCUGGGCUGAGGCUGGACUGUGACACCAACACUGUCAAUCUGACACGAGAAAGCUCUGCUGAUGGUGCAGACAGCACACUGACUCCAGGGGCUGCAGCUGUGCAGCCUCUAGCAUCCAUUUCUGUGAGGCCCCUACCAGCACUAGAUGGUCAGCUCGUGAGCCCUUCAACGCCGUCACCUGAUGCAAGCAAUUCUCUAGAGAACUCUUUUGCCCAGUUGCAAAUAAAUGGAGACAGUAUGGCUGAAAGGAGUCACAGGGGAGAGGGAGAAGAAGACCAUGAAUCAUCAUCUUCGGGUAGGGUGCCAGCUCCUGACACCUCUGUUGAGGAGACCGAAUCGGAUGCCAGCAGUGACAGUGAGGAUGUGUCUGCCCACCUUCAGCAAUACUCGUCCUCUGGUCAGCAGAGACACUUGAAUGCUGGUGCAAGCCAGGCAGGAGCAGAUAGACCAGGGGCAGGGGGUGGGGUUGCAAACACAAGUGUAAGAUCUAGAAGGCCAGAUGGACAGUGCACAGUCACUGAAGUUUAAAUCCAGAGCCAUGCAAAAAAAAAAAUACUCUGUUGUAAUUUUCUGUAAAUUUUCUGUCCACAUUGGCAUUGCACUCAAACCUAGCAGUGUGUUUGGUGGGAGGGUGGGGUGAAGGGGAGAAAACAGAUGUGGCCUGUUUUAACUUAAGUCUCUUAACAUGUCUCAGCUGGAAGACUCCAACUCUAGGAAACUGGGUUGUCGUGGUAAUGGUUUGAAAACUGUUUAGCAAUGCCCAGUUUUCUUGAAAAUGUCUUGUGUUUAUUUUGUAGCAUUUUUCCCUUGAAGAUACUCUAUCCCUUUUUGGCCAAUGUAUAUCUACUGUACAACUUGAAUUGUCUUCAUUAUCUGACUGUUGCAUUAAGUGUCUUACUACUUUCUGCAUGGAUUGAUGUACGAAAAGAACACUAAUGCUAUGUGGAAUCAGGCAAGGUGUUGGGUGCGAGCAGGAUGCUUAAUUUAAUGUGAGAAAAUAGAUGUGAGUUUGGAGUUAAAAUGUGUUUUUACUAGACAAGAGCAAUCAUUUACCUUCUUUCAAUGGAAAUGUAAAAAUGCUGUUAACUUGUGUUGCAAAUCCUUACCUUUACACUCUUCAUGGCUUUUUCACUGGCUUUGCCAUCUUAGUCCUUGUAGUUUUGUUUUUUGAGAUCUUUCUUGAUCUGUCUUGUUUUUGUUACAGAAUUUAUAAUUUAAUAAAACUACAUUUUAUCAGUAACAAUCUCA